UCUCACGAACGGGGAAGUACAUGAGAGAAAGGGAGCAGAACUGGAGCAGAACUCCUCACAAAGCUGCCCCACACGUCCCGGUCAACAGUGGCCCGAUCCCCCCUCGGUACCGGACCGGACAGCCCGACAGACACAGCUGGGAGGGAACCAGGUGAGAAACAGCAGCCAUGGGAUCCAUGUUUCGAAGUGAGGAGGUGUGCCUGGUGCAGCUCUUCCUCCAGUCUGGCUCGGCGUACAACUGCGUCAGUGAGCUGGGAGAGCUGGGAAUAGUGGAGUUCAGAGACCUCAAUCCCAAUGUGAACGCCUUCCAAAGGAAGUUUGUUGGAGAGGUCAGGCGAUGUGAGGAGCUUGAAAAGACUUUCACCUUCCUGGAGGCGGAGAUCAAUCGCUCCUUAUCGCCACCCUUGCAGGUUCCCCUCCCUCCUCCCUGCCCCAUACCUUCGGCCCCUCAGCCACGCGAACUCAUCAGCAUUGAGGAGGAGAGCGAGAGACUGGCCCGAGAGCUGAAAGAGGUGUCCAGGAACAGAGACAGCCUUCGGGCUCAGCUGACACAGCUCUGUCAGUACCGAGGAGUCCUGACCAGAACGCACUCACUCACGGCUUCACAGGUACCGCCUCCUGUCCUGGAAAGCCAAGGCUUGUUCGAUAACCGCCAAGAUGUCCGCCUCAGUUUUGUAGCGGGAGUGGUUCAUCCCUGGAAGGUGCCCUCGUUUGAGCGGUUGCUGUGGCGGGCGUGUCGAGGUUAUAUUAUCGUGGAUUUUAGAGAAAUGGAGGACCGACUUGAGCACCCAGAUACGGGAGAAAUGGUGCAGUGGACAGUGUUUCUCAUUUCCUUCUGGGGAGAUCAAAUUGGCCAGAAAGUCAAGAAAAUAUGUGAUUGCUUCCGCACACAGACGUUUGCAUACCCCGAGAGUCCUGCUGAGAGAGAAGAGAUCCUGCAGGGCCUUGAAGGCAGAAUUGAUGACAUUAGAUCAGUGUUGUCACAGACCGAGGCGUUCCUGCAGCAGCUGCUGCUGCGGGCGGUGGGCAUCCUGCCUCAGUGGAAGGUGCGGGUCCAGAAGUGCAAGGCGAUCCAGAUGGUGUUGAAUCUCUGCAGCCCCUCUGUCACUGACAAAUGCUUGAUUGCCGAGGCCUGGUGUCCCACUACCAAGCUGCCCGAACUGCAGUGCGCCCUGAGAGAGGGAGGGAGGAAGAGUGGCAGUACUGUUGACUCUUUCUACAACCGGCUGCCUUCCUCCACCCCUCCACCCACUCAGUUCCCCCUCAACUCCUUCACAGCGGGUUUCCAGAACAUCGUGGAUGCUUAUGGCGUGGCCAGCUACCGUGAAGUCAAUCCAGCGGUGUUCACCAUAAUUACGUUCCCCUUCCUGUUUGCGGUGAUGUUUGGGGAUGUGGGUCAUGGCAUACUGAUGGCUCUGACUGCUCUCUGGAUGGUCCUCGAGGAGAAGGACCCCAAGCUCAGGAGUAAUAAUAAUGAGAUCUGGAAGAUGAUGUUUGGAGGAAGGUAUCUGAUUCUGCUGAUGGGACUGUUCUCCAUCUACACGGGGGCCAUUUACAACGAGUGCUUCAGCAGAGGCCUCACUACCUUCAGCUCAGCGUGGCACGUUGGCCCCAUGUUUGAAAAGAACAUAUGGAAUGCCUCGGUGCUUACAGGGAGCCAGUAUUUGACCAUGGAUCCUGUCGAGCCUGGCGUUUUUAGCAGCCCCUAUCCUUUUGGAAUUGACCCGAUUUGGGGCAUGGCCAAUAACAAACUGACCUUCCUAAACUCCUACAAGAUGAAGAUGUCAGUCAUCAUCGGUGUUAUACACAUGACGUUUGGAGUCUCCUUGUCAUUCUUCAAUUACUGCCACUUUGGUCAGCUCAGCAGUGUGUUCUUUGUGCUCAUCCCAGAGCUCAUGUUCAUGGUGUGUCUCUUUGGUUACCUGGUGUUCAUGGUGAUCUUCAAGUGGAUCGCCUACGGUCCUGCCCAGUCCAAAGUAGCGCCCAGCAUACUGAUCCACUUUAUAGACAUGUUCCUCUUCACAGACAACCCCGACAACCCCCAGCUGUACACGGGACAGCUUGUGGUGCAGAAGGUUCUGGUGGUGGUGGCUCUGUGUUCAGUCCCGGUCCUCCUGCUGGGGAAGCCCACAUGGGAAUAUAUCACAUUCAAGUCGAGAAGACGUCACGUUCAUCGGGAAGAAGACAGACACCUCCUGGUGGGCGACGAGGGCUCCGUCAACACUCGUGAGGGGGAGGUGGAAGGCGGAGCUCCUGAAGAGGAAGAGUUUGAUACUGCAGAUGUGUUCAUGCAUCAGGCCAUCCACACCAUAGAGUACUGCUUGGGCUGCAUCUCCAAUACGGCCUCGUAUCUACGACUCUGGGCCCUCAGUCUGGCACACGCACAGCUGUCAGAAGUGCUGUGGGUCAUGGUCAUGCGUAUAGCUCUGAGGUGGAAGGGCUAUGUGGGAUCGGCAGUUCUUUUUGUGAUAUUUGCCUUCUUUGCUUUAUUGACUGUUGCCAUCCUCUUGGUUAUGGAGGGACUCUCAGCUUUCCUGCACGCCCUCCGUCUCCACUGGGUGGAGUUUCAGAAUAAGUUCUACAGCGGGGCGGGCUACAAGUUCAGUCCUUUUUCCUUCACCUCCCUGAUCAAUGCUUCAGCUGCUAUAUGAUCGACCAAAUAAUUGUCAAACGGUUAAAUUAACUUAUGUGUCUGUGUGUAUCUGCUGCGUCGCCUCGGCCAUACAAUGGUUUAACUUGCACAAUAAUCAUAAUGAAUGAUACAGACUGUUAUUUUUGCAUCAGUAGAAUGAGUCCCUGCUCUAUCGAUUAUGAUAUUACCAUUUGAAAAAUAUAAUUUUGUAUUCCCUUGCAUUUUUUAAAAUUGAUAUUGAGGUACAGCUCUCUUAUUGCACUCUUACUGUCAGUAGCUGAAGAAAUAUUUGAUAACCAUGUACUUUUCAAUUUAUAAACAUUUAUUACAAAUAUCAGUUCUGAAAAGGGAAAGUACAGCCGAUAAUUGACUUGUUUGCAGUUUAAGGGAAUGUGUUGUUGUUGAUUUGGUGAAUGUUAAGACUGAACAAUAGCUCCAAUGACAGCAGGGAACGAUUUGAAUGAUUUCCAUGAGCCAAAGAUAAUUUCACUCACUGUUAUGUCUUCCAAAUACACCACACCACAGGUAUUUAAUCAUUGUUUUUUUGAUUUUCUGGUGCCUUACUGGAACUCAUUGUUUAAGUAUUAUAUAUUUUGGAAACAUUGCAACUGCUAUUGUCAUGCCACUACUUUGUUAAAGAAAAAAACUUGCAACGGUCAUUCAUCUCUUUAGUUUUUUUUUGUUUGUUUUGGGUUUUAAACUCUGUAAAACUGAUCAAAUAUGAACUUGAAUUAAACAGGGUUUUCCCGUCGAGUUUUAAUAUGUGAAGUAAUUUACUCAGCAGGCUGUUUACCUAAUGGAUGCUUCUUCUUUUUUCACGUGUAUGAAAGUUUUAUAACUGCAACGUUAAAGUAUUACUCUGUAAUUUGGCACAUAUAUAAAGUAAAAAAUAUCCACAA